AACACUGGAGAAGGCACACGAGGUGGAAAGAGGACGGGUGCCUUGGGUCACCGCCUUUCCCAAGGGCCUGUACUCACCAGGAUGUCCGACAAGCUCAAGGAACGGAAAAGAACCCCGGUUUCUCACAAAGUGAUAGAAAAGCGGAGGAGGGACCGGAUCAACCGCUGCUUGAACGAGCUGGGCAAGACAGUGCCUAUGGCCUUGGCGAAGCAGAGUUCCGGGAAGUUGGAAAAGGCGGAGAUCCUCGAGAUGACGGUUCAGUACCUGAGAGCCUUGCACUCCGCUGAUUUUCCCCGUGGAAGGGAAAAAGAACUUUUAGCGGAGUUUGCCAACUACUUCCAUUACGGCUACCACGAAUGCAUGAAGAACCUGGUGCAUUACCUCACCACUGUGGAGCGGAUGGAGACCAAGGACACCAAGUAUGCGCGCAUCCUUGCCUUCUUGCAGUCCAAGGCCCGCCUGAGCGGAGAGCCUGCCUUCCCGCCGCUGGGGUCGCUCCCAGAGCCGGAUUUCUCCUAUCAGCUGCACCCGGCGGGGCCCGAGUUCACCAGCCACAGCCCGGGAGAAGCCGCCGUGUUCCCACAGGGGGCGGCCGCCGGGCCCUUCCCCUGGUCGCACGGCGCGACCCGCAGCCCGGCGCUACCCUAUCUGCCCAGCGCGCCGGUGCCGCUGCAGAGCCCGGCACAACCGCACAGCCCCUUCUUGGCGCCAGUGCAGGGCCUGGACCGCCAUUACCUCAACCUAAUUGGGCACGCCCACCCCAACGCCCUCAACCUGCACACGCCCCAGCACCCCUCUGUGCUCUGACGCCGACUCAUCCGCCAGAUUUCUCUUAGCUU